AUGCAGUUCCGUGUACACUUCGUGAGAGCGAACCGUUCGCGUGAUUUGCAGAUUGGGCUAGCUGGCGCCGAACGCGCGGGCGAGCCUCGAAAGAAUGAUUUCGAUCACUCUCGGAGCCAGAAAUUGUACAUUCACUACUAUGGAUUACGCUUUUGCGAGGUUAUUUCCAGACAGCCUCCCCAUGUAAGCGUCCCUUGAAGUUGGGCGAGAGUGAACCGCCUCUCGAUACGAUAGCGAAAUAAUGAAACAUGAGGAAACACGCGAAAUAGUGAAGUAAAAUAGAAUAUUAGAACAGUGAAACAGUAAAAGUGCAACGGGAGUGUAAAUUGAGGGGAACAGGUGCAUUAUCGCAUUAGCGGCAAACUUCACAGUACUUGUCUCAUGAGGCAUGUUUCAAAGGUCGCAUCCCCGUUAUAUAUAUGUAUAUAAUUGACAUUAAUGUGAUAAUGAUGUGUUUUAAUUAAGCCAGGAUAGUGAGUAUUCUAUCUUCUUAAGCACGGUGUCGCGAACCGCAGAUUAAUUUAAUCCAGACAUGAUUCAUUGAUCCCGUCAUUGUCGGAUUGACGUUCGUGGUGGCAUCAUGAAGCAGCAGCAAGAGAUUUUGGCGGGGUGGAGCGUCGUAUGGUGGUUGUUUAAAGUAUUCGGUCUCCCAAUCACCAUCCCAUGGCUGGUGUACCACUUUUUCAACAUUAUGAAGGAGAAGCGGAAAAAAGCAGCUCUUCAUGGCAAAGUAGUGAUGAUAACCGGUGCCAGUUCUGGUUUGGGAGAGGCCCUGGCUCACGUAUUCUACGAUUUGGGCUGCAGAAUCAUCUUGGUGGCUCGUCGGAAGGAAGAACUGGAAAGAGUGAAGAACGUUUUGAUGAACACUUAUCAAACAGUUCCGACGUAUCCACCCAUUAUAUUGCCAUUAGACUUGGCUAACGUUAACGAUUUGAAAGACGAAGUGUCAAAAGCUGUGAUGGUACACGGCAGGAUCGAUAUUCUGAUAAACAACGCUGGUAUCUCGCACAGAGGGGAAGUUGUUAACACGAAUAUCGACGUGGACAUAAGAGUCAUGAUGACAAAUUAUUUUUCUUCAAUUGCCUUGAGCAAAAUCGUUCUUCCAUUCAUGAUAAAACAGCAGUCUGGUCAUAUAGUUGGCAUAAGCAGCGUGCAGGGACGAAUCGCUCUGCCAUACAGAUCCGCGUACGGCGCGUCUAAGCACGCGUUGCAAGCUUGGUACGACACCGCUCGAGCAGAACUGGCGGACAGUAAUGUCAAAUUCACAGUUGUCAAUCCGGGAUACAUAAAAACGUCUCUUUCUCUGAACGCUUUAAUGGCAGAUGGACAAGCUUAUGGAUUGAUGGACAAAACAACCGAGAGUGGUUAUCAGGCAGAUUACGUGGCUCAGUGUAUCUUAAAAUCUAUAUUACAUCAGCAGAAGGAAAUUACCGUCGCGCCGCUCGCCCCAAAAGCUGCUAUAAUACUCAGAACCCUGUUUCCUUCGCUCUUCUUCUGGAUUAUGCAGAGGCGAGCGAGAAAGUUGGAUAAAGACAAAUAAUGUCUGCUGGUUAAUUAAAGCUAAUAUUCUUUUACGGUGACUCGGCUGAUUCGCAGUAAUUUAUGUGCAUUUUUGUAUAUAAUAUAUACAUAAGAAGUUAUUUAAAAAGGAAAGAAAAUAACGUUAAGUAAGAAUAUAAAUGUCUAUAACUUAAUACGGAUAAAGAAUGCAUAAUUCUGAAUAGAGUACUAUCUACUAUUCUAGUAUGUCACACGCACACGCACGCAGGGAAUGGCGCUUAAUUAAAAUACACUAUUCAAAAGUAUAUUUUAUUUUUGUCGUAGCCAGUCAGCAUGACUAGUGAAAUAUCUUUACAUUAUGUACACUUUAUUACCAUGAAACUGAAACUGACACUGAAGCAUUCAGAUGACGAGUGUGCUAUCCAUCUCUUGAUAUAAAAAUAUCAACCCAAAAAAUCGACAAAGAAGUUUCAAACUUGUUUUAAACUCCAAUAAAGAUUCAGUAUCAUAUUAUUAUUUGAUUUUUAAGCACUAGAACUAAUCUAAUUUCUUUGGAAUUAGAUUAAACUGUGUGAUAUAUGUAAAA